CUAACAAUACAAAUGCCACUACUUACAAUACAAAUCAGUAAACUUGUAUAGUUGUAUUACAAAUCAAUGAAUACAAAGUAUACAAAUUACAAAUCAUGACAUAAAUUAUACAAACUAGACAAACAAAUAUUACAAAUUACAAUACAUACAAAUUUGUCAUAUAAACAUUACAAACAUAAUAAAUAAAAAUGACAAACUAGAAUAAUAAACGAUACAAAUCGUAUUGAUACAAAAUUACAAACCAAACUCACAAGCAUUACAAAAUAGUCCCAAUAAACACAACAAAACUGUGGUUGUCGCCAAAAAAACCCCAUCGUCGGAAAAUCCUCUCCGCCGCCGGAAAAUCAUUGAUUCUCUCGCUCGUAAUUUCCCCUGGCCAAAAAAAAUCUCCAUCCCCCGCCGGUAGUCUCUCUCGCGUAGGGAAUUUCCUUGGCAAAAAAAUCCCCUGCAGCCGCCGGGAGAAUUCUCCAGUAGUGACCGGCUAGCGGGAGCGCGGGGAGAGACAGCGGCGCGGCAGUGGGCCAUAUAUUUUUGUUUUAGUUUAAUUAUUAGAUUAAAUAAAUUAUGCAAUUACUAUCUUAUCAUUCAUUAAAAAGAUUAAUUACAACCACCACCAGAUUAAAACUUAAAUGGAUGCCUGAUAUGGGCUUAGUCACAUGAGUAGGGACCUGAUCUUACCUCAUACCUUGUGGCUUGUGCCAUGUUUGAGUUGGGUCUUGGUUGACUAAUUAACUGACGGGCUCGUGACUCUUUCUUAAGGCUAAUAAUCGUAAUUACUAAUGGGCCGGAUGAAGAAAAAAGAAUUUGGGCUAAGAGGAGUCAAGGUCCGCCCAGCACUGUCAGGAGACAUAAACAGUGUUUGGCAACUGGGAGUGAAAAUUCGAGAGAUAGACGCUCUGUUUGGCAACAAGGGGGUGUAAAUUGCAGGGGAGGUGCAAGUUGAGGGGUAAAUUGCUGGGAUUGUAAGUGGAGGGGUAAAUUGUUGUUUGGAUGAAAAAGUAGAGGGUGCAAAUAGUGUGAAAAGUAAGUAAUUAUAUUAUUUUAAAGUAGAUUUUAAAAUUUUAAAAUAGAUUUUAAGAUUAUAAAAUAGAUUUUAAAAUUUUAAAUGUUAUCAUAAAAUAAUAAAAUAAAUAUUACUAUAUAAUAAUAAAUAUACUUUACUAAAAAUAGUUAUUAUAUAAUAAUGCUCAAAUAAUAAUUAAUUAUAAAAAUUGUAAUAAUCAUUGAUCGAGCGAUCUCAAAACUCGAAGCUCAACUCGUAGCUGGUCAUCCUAUAUAGGGUUUUCGUGUCUAGUUUAAUCUUAAAUUGUCAAACUUAGUCAAACACGUUUGAAUUUGUAAGUUUUAACUAUUUAGUCAAAUAAACUGAGUUAACCAAACAAUUUCUCUCUAUCUUUUCCACAAACACCUCGUAUCUCUAAUUUUCAAUGCAAAUUCGAUUCAACCAAGAGAUCUAGAUUUGACUUGACGAACAUUGAUAAACUUGUUUCCAGAGUCAAAUGGUCAACCCUGAAUAAUGUUUACAUUAAUGAUAUUUAUAAAAAGAAGAAAUUGAUAAUAUUAAUUAGUAUAUAAUUAUAUAUAACACAAUUAGAAAAAUAAAAUUCCAUAAUUCCCCCUCCCCCUCUCUUCCUUCCUUCCCUUGCACCCCAAUUCGGGGGGUAAGCCGAAACAGUAAAUUUGCACUCCCGUUUUGCACCACCCUACUGUUCCAAAUUAACCAAAUAGGUGCAAAUGUGUUGGAAACUGUGUUUACCCCUCACAUUUGUACCCUCCUCCCAUUUACCCCUCUUCCCAAACAGAGUGAGAAAGUUGAGAGACAAAGUGUAAGGGUGUAAAUUGGUGAGGAAAGGUUGUCAAUCCGAGGAUUGGCUCACCAGUUGAUCCGGAAUUUGUGAGAAAAUGAGAGUGUAGAUUUUAGAGUAGGGUACUUAAGUUUUUAUUUAUUUAUUUUGUAUGGUGAAAAUUUCAAGUUUUACCACAAAAGAAAAUAUGUUCAAAUGUUUAAAAAAAAGGUCAAAGUGUUUGUCUUAAUUAAUUAUUACGACAUAAAUAAGAAUAACGAAAAAAGUAUGUAAAUAACAUGAUGAAAUCUACAUUUAACUAUAUUAGGACAAAAAAAAAAACUAAAGAGUUGGGAUUCGGCACUUUUCACCUUCGAUCAAAAUCACUUUUAUGGUGUUAAUUAGAUAUCAAAUUUAGCUUCAAAAUUUGGCAUUCUAGUAUUUUUCAUUGGAGAUGGUUUUAGCUAGGAGAAGCCCUUUGACAUUAUCAUUUAGGACAGAAUGUUUGACUAUGGUCAUGACUCAUGUGGGUUCAAUUGCAUUUUGUCAUAUAUUUGAUGGUGGGGGAUCUCUUGGUCUUGGAAGCAAAUUAAACAGUGGGUUUCGGUUGGUCCCAGAUUCCGUUUUAGGAUUACAUUUGUUUAACUAGCUGGGAGGCAUGGGAGGGACAACCAUUCAGGGAAAAAAUAAUUGGAUUUGGUAGUUAGAAGAGAUCUAUACGUACGUCUGAAAAUAAUAAUAAUAAUAAUAAUAAUAAUAAUAAUAAUAAUGGAACUUUGCUACGGUGACAUGCAUGUCACGUUGACAUGCACUUUUCGGUCGACCUUAUAUAGAAUUAGGUCGACCUAAUUUAUUGUUUCAGUGUAAAAGUAGUUUCAUGGUGCUUACUUUGGAGAUUCAUAUCAUACAAUUGGCUAGAUGAAAAUUGGAGAUUAAUGUCUUGUCUUGAAGCUGAAGUGUCCCUCUACACAUUAAAGUACUUGGGGGGUCGAUAGGAAGUCCAGAAGACCAUUUUUGUACCUGAUCAAAAAGCUAUGCCAAAACUGAGAAACUGCCUGAAAAUGACCAAGUCUGGGAACGUGUUUGUGAAGCCUACUUUGGAGCUCAAUUUGAGAAGCAUGGAUGUGAUUCGAGUCCAGGAGCCUCUACCACGUUAAAUUAGAUAUGUUUUUCUACAAAGGAAAUGCAUUGGAUGAAAUAUUGGAUAUCGUUAAGGCUUCAAACAAAAGGCUCGAAGUUGUUACGAAGGCUGUUUUUCUAGCAUCUUGCUUGUACUCGAAGUCUGCCAGAAAAACGGCCUUCGUAGCAACUUCGACCCUUUUGUUUGAAGCCUUAUAGAUAUCCAAUAUUUCAUUCAAUGCCUUGAAUUAGUAUAAACCGGGUUGACAACCUUGAUACACACUAUAUAUCAUAGGUAGGAUCAAGGGUGAUCUAGCCACUCUUUGAAUUGAUUUAAGUUAAUGAAAAUCCUUAUAUUAAUUUAAACGAUUUAAUCAGUUGUUGAUGUAGGUAUAGGCAUAUUAAACGAUUCAUAAUGAAAAUCCAUAUAAAUUUAUUGUAUAAAUCUUUUAUUUUUAUUUUUAAGCUCAAUUAUAAUGCAGCUGAGUCAAAGGUCAAAGCUCAACUAUAAUCAUUUUUUCAUUUUUUUGUACUGGGCUUACAUAAUCAUGGAGAGAGAAAAGCUCAUUAAAUAUGUAAUCAUCAUGACGACGUCUAAAUCAAAUAUUGAUUUCUGCUCUUAGGGUUGUUCAUAGUAUAGCACUUAGACUAACUCCAACCCAUAAAGGGGAAUUUAGCUCCCCAAAUGGCCAAAUAUGGCUUUUUAGCUCCCCAAACCCACUUUUCACUCCAACCCUAUAAAAAGCUAAAUUUAGCUUCCCAUUUCCAUUUUUCAAUUUAUUUCAAUAAACCAUACUUAUUUGACCUCUUAUUUUUAUAUUUCACUUUAAUUUUUUCAUAACUCGUUAUUAGUUUUGAAUACAAAUUUUUCGAUGUCAUUUUUUUUAAAUUCCGAGAUAAUUUUUUUUUUCAAAAAUUAGUCGUUAAAAUAUUACCGUUAAAACUUCGGGACCACUCCAAAUAUGACCGUUUUUUUGUAUCCGUUACUUUACGACCGUUUUUUUGUCAUUUUUUGCACCAAAUGUCUUUAUAAAUGACAGUUCUUCAUUUCAUCAACUCAACUAAAACUUCUUCCCAUUUCUAAAACAAACACAUUCAUCAUGAGUAUCUCAGAUAGCUCAUCGUCUGGAGAAGAAGAAAACGAAGAGUACGAAAGGUUUCACCACCUACGUUUGAGUUUGAUCGGUCGGAGGCUGGCUGAAGGUGCAUCAAGUCGCCGUCAAACUACAAGCCGACGUCACAUUGAUCGUGAGAGGGUCGAAUGUAAUCGACGUCUUAUGAGGGAUUACUUCGAUCCAAAUCCAGUAUACAAUGCUCGCAUAUUCAGAAGGCGCUAUCGGAUGCAGCCAAGAUUAUUCCAUCGCAUUAUGGGCGACAUUGUGAGGUUUGACCCCCCAUCUUCUGAUAUCGACACCCAAGCUCUGCACAAGAUUUCAUCUUCAUUCGGACGCCAAUUAGGUCCUCUCUUGCCUGUCAUAUUUCUAUUUUGAGAGACGAUAACAAUUGAAUUUUGAGAGAAUGCGAUUUAUGCUCUGAGAAUGAGUGAAGAGAAAUCUAUGAAGAGUGCUGUAAUAUAUAAGAAAAAAUAUGGCCGUUAAAAUAUGACCGUUUUUUAUGGCCAUUAAAAUAUGACCGUUUUUUCGUCACUACAUCAAUUAUUUCAAAUUGAAUCACAAACAACCAAUGAGAAUAGAGAAAAAAAAUCCAAAACAAAUUGGCAAAACAAAUUCCCUCACUACAAAAGUUAAAAGAAAAAAAGAAAAAAAAAGUAACAGCACGUCAGCUGCGGAGAAGGGCGCCGGACGCGCGCCUGGGGCGCACGUGCGCGGAGGAAGACCUUGCCCCGCGCGCGUGCGCCCCAGGCGCGCGUCCGGCGCCCUUCUCAGCAUCUGACAAACAAACCCACUUUUUGGCAGCCAAAUAUCACUCCCCACCCCAAAACCCAGCCAAAUUUCCCUUCCAAAAUCCCAAUACCCAUUUUUUGCUUCCCAUUUUUUUGUGGGUUGGAGCUUGAAAAAGAGCUAAAUUUGGCUUUUUUAGCAUUUUAGCUCCUUGGGUUGGAGCCAGCCUUAAAGCCCUUAAUUUGUUGUUUAUGCAAUUUUUUGGUUUUGAUUUCUGCGCUUAGCUGUCUUUGUUGUGAAUUGUAAUAUAUGUGAUUUUUUUGAAAAAAAAAUAAUAUAUAGGAAUAGAGAGUGCAAACAAAUAGUCAGCUUGGCACCCUAGAACAUCAUGAGGAAUAUUAUUCUCUCCAGAGAGCAAAAUGUUGAAUCGCUGUUGACAAUGAUCCAUUCUCUCUCUCUCUUAUGCACAUCAUCAACGUGCAUGGAGAUGCUCCCACAAUCCACAAAUCCAGAGAAAACAACACAUCUUAGCAGAAUCAACAUGAUAAGUAACUUUUGAAUUUGCACAACACCUGGAAGUUCCCCUUCUAGUCACAACUCAUAAUUAGGAGGAACAUGCCAUAAAGUUAAUUUGGCCUGUAAGUAUGAUGUAACACGUCCCAAACCUAAAUUAUGAUCCAUUCUAGUCACAACUCAUAAUUAGGAGGAACAUGCCAUAAAGUUAAUUUGGCCUGUAAGUAUGACGUAACACGACCCAAACCUAAAUUAUGAUCCACGAAUACGUAUGAGUCCAACUUGAUCGCAAAACACUAUCAAGGGCGUGUCUCAAACCUUUAUCUAUAAAUUGGGACAAGGCCUUUCAAAUAGGUGCUCUCUCCUUUUCGUUCAAUUGUGACAUAUCACUUAUCUCUCUAUUCUCUCUAUUGUAUACUCUUAAUCUUCUUCUUUACUGCAAAAUUAAUAAUGAUAGUCGGAGUGUGGAAAUCGAGAGCCACCCUGUCUUCCACGAGUCUGAACUAAUGGUGAUCGAGUGGGUGUUUUUUGGCAGAAACCGGAAAUGCUGGAUACCGGACCCCAAAUGGUAAGCGAUUUUAGCAGGUAUAAAAUGGUAAAUCACAGUUUUAGUACAAAAUACCCUAUCACUACUUUUCCCAGUAUAACUUUCGGUACGGUUUCACUUAAUGAAUCAAGAAGAUGAGAAAGGUGGGGCUGACUAUUGGAAAGGUAUAUAAAGGCAAGUCUUGCAGAAGCUGCUUAAAAGUCAAAACCUAGAUAACACAUUUCGCUUACAUGCCAGCAAAGAUGAACGUUGAGAUUGUAAAGCAAAGGAUAUAUAGUCUCAUAUUCUCCUAUCAUCCAAGGCAAACAAUGGCGAGCAGCUGUCACGAAUGCACCACCACUAAUCAGAUUGCUCAAGGAACUCCUCGAUCCUACUCAAAGUGCAGGAAAGGCUGAGUGUUUCCUAUAAUGGCCUGCUAAACACUGCUGCAGCUGCAGCAUUACUAUUUACUACUACUUACUUAUCACAUAAUCAAAAUGAUCGAAGACAUUAAUAUAACUAACAGGAACCAGUUAACAAGUAAAUCGAAAUGAAUUGAAGCUCAUAAU